AGGAGGGAAAAAGGGUUGAGGAUGGAGAAAACAAAAGGGGGGCAGAUACCCAUGUUCCUGCACGUGUUGAAGGGGGAGAAGAACCAAACCCCAAGACCUUUGAUGGUGUAGAAAUGGAGACCCAGAAGAGCGUUGAUGAAAAUGGUGUUGAAUUGCCUGGUGAUGACAUUCCGGGUGCGGUUGAUUCGGUUCCCUCUGUCCCUGAGACUCGUGAAGAUGCUAACAUUGCUAACACCAUGCAAUGAACUAGAUUCCCGUAAUGAAACUGAUAAGGUUGCGAGUAAUGUGGAUUCUGGUGUGCAUUGUGAGAGUGAGGUUUCUGUGAAGAUUGUGAGAGAGGAGAGUGGUGGUGUGAAAGGGGAGGCACUGAAGGAUGAUUUGGGCAGCAAAGUUAACCCGUCUAUUGAAUUGGGUGCCAGUGGCAAGAUUGGUAGUCUUGUUGGUGACGGUGGGUCGCCUCACACUGAGGACCCCAUGGAGAUUGAAAGGGAAGUUGAUGGUGUUGAGGAAGAAAAGGCACUGAAAGAUGGGGUGAGCAGUGAGGCCAACCCUUCCAAUGAAGCAGAUAUAAGUUAUAAAACUGAUGAUGUUGCUUGUGAGAUGCAGCUUGAUAUGCCUCAUGAUAGUGAGGCUGCAAUGGAGAAACUUACAGAUGAGGCGACCAGCGAGGCCAACCCCUCCAGCGAAACACGUAUCGGUGAUGAAAUUGAUAAUAUUGUUUCUACAAUGGAGCCUGGUAUGCCUUGUGAUAGUGAAGUUGCAGCAGAAAAUCUGAUAGAUGGGGAGAGCAACAAGGGCAAAUCCUCCAAUGAGCCAGAUAGGACUGCUGAAACUGAUAAUGUUGUUCGUAAGGCGGAGCUUGAUACACAUGAAAGUGAGGUUGAACCAGAGAAACUGAAAGAUGGGGUGACCAGUGAGGUCCCCAAUAUCAUUGCUGAAGAUGAUAAUGCUGCUUGUAAGGUGGAGCCUGGUAUGCCUUGUGAUAUUGAAGUUGCAACAGAAAAACUGAUAGAACAGGCAAGCAACAAAGCCAAAUCCUCCAAUGAACCAGAUAGUAGUGCUGAAACUGGUAAUGUUGUUGGAAGGGUGGAGGUGGAGCCUGAUAUGCCUUGUGACAGUGAGUGUGCAACUGAGAAACUGACCGAUAAGGUGAGCAGCGAAGUCAAUCCCUCCAGUGAACUGCACAUCAAUGCUGAAGCUGAUAAUGCUAUUUGUAAGGCGGAAACUGAUAAAAUGUCUCAUGAUAGUGGGGUUGGUAUGAAGAAACUGAUAGGUGGGUUGAACAUCAAGGCCAACCCCUCUAGUGAACCCCAUAUCAGUGCUGAAACUGAUAAUGUUGUUAGUAAGGUGGAGCCUGAUAUGCCUCGUGAUAAUCAAGUCGAAGUGGAGACUGAAUCUGAUGACGAUGGUGAGAAAGUAGAGGGACUGAAUGGUGGGGUGAGCAACAAAACAAAGUUCUCCUUUCAUACUGACAUAAACGAGCAACUGCAGAAACCCAUAUUUUAUGUUGGGCGUAAGGUUGGGAUGAAGAGCUUAGAACCAAAGAAAACCUUUCUCUUGGAUCCAGGUGCUGAUGAGGGUGGUGAGUCAGGGACUGAGGAGGAGCAAGCAUCAUUCACGAAGGAGGUGAUAAAUUUAUAUAAAGAGAAGAACUUGGAAUUCAAAGCCCCAAAGUUCUACAAAGAGGAAUUAAAUUUGCUCAAGUUAUGGAGAGCUGUGAUCAAACUUGGUGGCUACGACAAGGUUACUACGUGCAAGUUGUGGCGGCAGGUUGGAGAAUCAUUCAAUCCCCCAAAAACCUGUACUACUGUCUCUUGGACUUUUCGAAAUUUUUAUGAGAAGGCAUUACUUGAAUUUGAAAGGGAUAGACUGAAUGGUGGUGAACUUCCUCUUCCUGCAGAGCCUACUAGAGUUGAGAAUCGGGCUGAUGGCGGCCAGACUUUAGGUUCAGGCAGGGCGCUAAGGGAUGCUGCAGCUCGUGCCAUGCAGGGUUGGCACUCUCACCGCCAUCAUGGUAAUAAUGGUGAGGUUGGAGAUGCAAUUAAUAAGGAUAAGCACCUGAUUACCAUGCCCAAAAGUGACAAGCAACUAAAAAAUUCUGUUAACUCAGGUUUGCUAAAGCGGAAAAAGCCAUCUCAUAUGGAUUCUGGUAUCCAAGUUGCUGACAUGAAAGCUACAAAACCACGAAUGGAUACAAUGGUAUUUGACAUUGGACCCCCAGCAGAUUGGGUAAAGAUUAAUGUGAAAAGAUUUAAUGAUUGCUUUGAGGUAUAUGCCUUAGUUCCUGGGCUUCUGCGCGAGGAGGUGCAUGUGCAAUCUGAUCCAGCCGGACGCUUGAUUAUAUCUGGUCAACCAACACAACUGGAUAAUCCUUGGGGUGUCACACCCUUUAAGAAGGUUGUCAGCCUACCGUCGAGAAUUGAUCCACAUCAGACAUCUGCUGUCGUGACCUUGAACGGCCAGUUGUUUGUGCGCGUUCCAUUUGAACAGUCAGAUUUCUAAACUGUAGUGACUAAUAUCGUGUGUCCCAGAUGUACAGUGAGCAACGGUUAUUCUUGAGAAGAUAGAAUACUGAUAGUUUUGGUUUGUUCAUACUUACACUUGUAGCUCCAGCCUAUGCAGUUGGACGGAUCUCUGAUCGACCAACCAAUAAUUAUUGUUGUCAGCAGUUAUAGUUAAAAUGAUUAGACUCGUGUAAUGCAAAUGAUUUGGGUCUCCUGUUAUAAAGAUUUGAUCCUCGACUUUA